UUGAGUUGAUUUGAGUUUUGGUUGCCAAUUGCCAUAUUUUAUAAAGUGAGUUUAAAAUUAUUGAUAAAAAUAAAGUUAUGCAAUGAGCGAUGGGCGCCCGUUAAGUGGCCAACUAAAAAAGUUUGUUUUUCGUGGUAAAUCUACAAAUAACGGUGAUAAAAGAGGUGAUUAUUUGGAAAUUGUUAUCCCAGAACUAUUGUCCGCUGGUUAUUCUUUCUACACGUGGCCGUCCGCACCAUUACUAGCUUGGUUCUUGUGGAGUCAAAGAAAACAUUUACGCGGCUUACGAGUGUUAGAACUCGGCUGUGGCACGGGUCUUCCUGGAAUUCUUGCUUCAAAGUGUGGAGCCCACGUAACACUCACAGACAGUGUAGCCUUGCCUCGAUCUCUUACACACUUGUCCGCUUGUUGUGAAGCAAACGGAUUAAUUCCAGGACGCGACGUACAAAUUAUUGGACUCACCUGGGGCUUGUUUUUGACAGACGUACACAACUUACAACCUGUAGAUCUUUUGUUGGCCUCAGAUUGUUUUUAUGAACCUUCUCAAUUUGAAGAGGUCUUGUCAACUGUAUCAUAUCUGCUAGACGGUACUGACGCUAGAUUUUUGUGUGCUUACCAGGAGCGGAGUUCUGACUGGUCAAUAGAAGCAUUGUUGAAGAAGUGGAGUUUAAAGGGAGCUCUACUAAACUUGGACUCAUUGAGUGAUAGUUCUGGAAUAGACUACAGGGCUUUAAUUGGCGAUCGUUCUUUGCAUUUACUAGAAAUAGUUCCAGUGUAGGGUAAUGGCCAGCACAGCUAAGGCAGCACGUCUGUAUGUUGCUAAUUUGGCAUGGACUGUGGGGCAUCGCCAACUAAAAGAAUAUUUUGCUCAUUUUGGACCAGUACAAAGUGCUAGAGUAGUGUUUGACCGCUCCACUGGUCUCAGUAAAGGGUAUGGCUUUGUGGAAUUUGUGAGUUCAGAGAGUGCAGCAGAUGUAACUAACAAACAAA